CACAUGUUGACUAAUUCCUCGGAGGCAACUGUAUAAAUAGAAGGAUUUACAUUGCCUUGCUAGUGUUUGCAUGCGAGCUUUGGACUGAUCGUGUUAUUAUUGCAAGCCGUAACUAGUCUCGCGUCAGUGUAAGUACCCGAUAGAACCAUGGUACCGCGAUUAAUGUUAAGCGUUUUGGUAUUGGCUUGCGUCUGGCUUGACGGGAAUUAUGGAGAAAGCAGUGUAAGUGUCAAGUUUAUAUUUAUUUUGGGUUAGUUUUAUGUUUGUAUCUUUGUAUUUGUCCUGUUUAAUUUUGCGUGUCAUGUUCUUGCGUUAAAACAUUUAGCCAUUAUUGAAUAUUCCAUUAAGAAAUCAUUUUUAAUGUUCGAGCUUUCGCAUCAGUCAUUUGAGCUUUCGCAUUAAGCUGAUUACGACAUUCAUGGUACACUUCCAUGUUGUUAAUUCCUGGUAAUUCCUCAUAUAAACCUAAAAACCUCGUCUAUAUCACUUCUAUGGAUUAGGUUCAUUUCCCGCAAGAAUGUUAAAAUACAUUUCUGACUUCUAUUAUUUAUUUGCCACCAAAUUACAAGACUAUACUGUAUAUAAAAGACGAAUUAUUAUUUUCUCGCUUUGGUAACUACAGAGAUUGACCAACAUAUAAAAGUCAAAAGUGGUUAGUGAAGGUCACUUGUCUGGGUCACUCAUAUCAGCAUAAAAAGAUAAUUGGCUUUGGUUUGAAACUUUUAAAAACCUAUAAUUUGUUUUUCAAAAUAGUGUAGCAAUAGUUGCACAAAAAGAAAUGUAUUUUAAAAUUUUCAAUUUCAAUUUCUGGAAGCUGCAUACAGGACGUCGACCAUUUAUAUACAUUUGCUAUACAUUUCCCACGCAUAAAUUUAAGUUACGAACCGGAAACUUUACGCCUCAGCACCUGACUGUGUGCACGGGUCUUCAUGUCCUUUUCUGCUUUCAAACAACCGAAAGAGGAAUAACAAAAACAUCUGCAUGCCUCUGAACAGGAACAUCGUUUAUGGUUCAAAUAUUUGCAUAUUUUACGUCUGAAAACGCCUUGAGAGUUGAGUGGCUAGAGUAAAAGUGGGAAGAGUACGUAAAAAGUCAUUUUCACUUUUAGCAUGCAAUCUUAUGAUUGAGUAACCCUGAUAUUUAUUGAAAUAAAGUUGCCAAAAGUUCUCGAUCGCUGCUCAACGUUUAUACAUAAUUUGUUACUCAAUUGAAACUGUAUCCACCAUGUUUCAUUCAUCGUUUUUGUUCAGAAUUCAAUUGAACCACCGCCUAUCAAUCCUGGAGAUCGGUGCCCUGUUAAGGAACUAAAGGUUGGUUUGUUAUUCUGCAUUUGUUUAUUUGCGACAGACCAAUGAUACCAACUAAAAGUUUGUCAUCAAGCUAGUUUUAUUUUGAGCUUAGUAUUCUUGCCUCACCAGGGAGAAAAAGGAGAUCCAGGCCCCGUUGGGCCGGCAGGCAAGGAUGGAUUACCAGGGAUACAAGGGGUUAAAGGUGAUCAAGGAGAACAGGGUAUGAAGGGUGGAGAUGGGAUGAAAGGCGGUGAAGGAUCUAAAGGUGCGAAGGGGAUACCUGGGGAUGAUGGAAAUGAGGGAAAGCUAGGUGCUAAAGGAGAUAAGGGGGAGGAAGGACAAUGUGAUGCACAGGUAUGGGGGCUGGAUUUUAAUUUUUGCGUCCUGAUCACAAGAUCAGUGGUCCUAAUAUAUCUUAAAAAUAGGAAGGUGUGCUUAAAAUUGACAGAGUAACAGCUAGCGCGCCUUUGGCUGCCACCAUAGACUCGUGCGUGAUCAUUGAUGAGGGAAGACAGCCAACCACAACAUUACUGAUACGAGUUUUCCAGCACGUCAAAUAUAAGAUAGUCACUCUUCAUGUAACAACCCAUCAACCUUUACUAGCAGGCUUAACUCGGUCUUGGCAGUCAGGACGCAAUGCAACAUGCUUUACUGCGUCCUACCAGGAUUCUACAUUAUAAUUUACCCUCUCUAUUACAUCAUGAGGAAAGCGUUAGCAGUAAUGUAUUAACUUUUGUAAAACAUGUUUUCCACACAGUUCAAUCAUAAUGUACCAUAGCGUCCUCUCGUUUUGAAAGUAAUGUUUAACGCUAGUUUUAUAAAAUAAGAUUAAUCAUUUCGUUUCUUUAUCCACGACUCUAGUGUGGAGACAUAAAGAAGCUUGAAGCAAGAUUACAAUUACUCGAGUCAAACUACACGCAAGAGGUAUAAAUUAAAGUAACAUUAUUAUAGUUUUAUAUGUAAUUUAUAUAUCUGUAUACUGAAUUGAUGGCCACGCGUUUAUCAGUGCAAACUGUCAAGUGAAACCAUCUUGAAAUAAUGUUGUUUAUUAUUAUUAUAUGUCUUAUAUCUGAAACACAGCAUGUAAGUAGUGUGUAGCGGGGCUUAAUGGACCCUUUUCAUGCGAUAAUUAGCAAAGUUACACCUUAAUAAUUCAUGAGUUAUGCAAAUUAAUUUGCAUAACGAUGACGUAUUUUUCCGAAGGUUCUCCGAUGAUGAUAAAACAACGAGGGCUUUCCGAUUAUUAAUUUGCAUAAUCGAUGACGUAUUUUCCGAAGGUUCUCCGAUGAUAAAACAACGAGAGCUUUCCGAUUAGUCCCCAUUUUGUUUCAAGAUGGCGGAAGGGUUAAUAAUGGCGGUUUUAAGGGAAAAUAACAUUGAAUUGAGUGUGAAUACUUUUCGUUUCCAUUUAAAAUUGCUUUUGGAAAAGCAUGGGGGUUUAUUUGAAAGCAUGAUAGCUCGUAUUGGACGAGAAAACGUACUUGAAAAUUUGUGUGUAAUCUAUCAGGAAUUAGACCCUUCAAAUUUUGGUCGAAUUAUGGCUUACUUGACUUUAGUUUACAAAGUUAGUGAUUUUUGUGAGCCUGAAAUUGUGCAAGAAGCCGUAGAAGUCUGUGUAUGGGAAUUAAAACAGGUGGACAUAGCUAGCUUUCAAAUAAAACAAUCUUGGAUACAACGUUUAAUUGCAUGGUUACGCGACUAAUAACCUGGCGAAAUUUGAAUAUCACUAAUCCGGGUUCAAUAGCAAAAGUCAUUAACUGUUGUACAUGGCUGAACACAUUGUACUUUUACUGCAUUGCCCAGGCCCGUUUGUGCUGACUUAGCAAGAAGCGGUUGAUUCUGCUUUUUUUUUUUUUUGAUAUUGCUUGUUAUUUGUACGUCAAAGAGGGAUUGAACAGAAAUAUUGUACCGAAGGCAAAGCAAUGGAAAUCCAUUUCAGAAAGUGUCGGCGGUGUGAAGAAUUUGGACCGAACAAUACAAAAUUACCACUUCAUUAUACAAGAAGAGAAAGUACGCUAGAUUUUGAGGAUUUUAGAUGCGAUAGAUGUUUGUUUGAAAUGGAUCGACCAAUGUUUGAUGUACAACAAAUAAUACAAAUGUGGAACAUAACUUGUGAACAUGAUAAAUGUACUCGGCCGGCAAACUUUUAUAAUUGUGGGCGGGAGUUUGUAUGUUGUAUUUGUUACGUGCGAACAUAUUGUCAUAUUCAUUGUCGUGUAUGUAAUAUCGCACAUAAAUGCCGGGACGAUGAUUGCGUUGAAACAUUAGCAAGAGCUAGCAAAAUGUGUUAUUAUUAAAUGUAUUACAAAUGUGUUGAACCGGUUUUAAGAGUGAAUAUCACUAAUCCGGGUUGAAUAGCAAAAGUCAUUAACUGUUGUACAUGGCUGAACACAUUGUACUUUUACUACAUUGCUAACGAAGGAUAUGGAAAAACUGUCACUUAUAGACUAUUAAGAGCCUAUAAUUAAGCUAUUAAAACAUUGUUAUAUUAACCCGAACAGAACACUUAAAUACAUAGAAACCUAGUGAGUGAGUGAAAUGUUGUAAAUACGCUAAAUGAAAUAUAUCAACAUUGUUUUUCCUUGAGUUCAAACAGAACUACUUCUUCCUAGUCG